GUGCGCUUCUACACUGUAUGGUAUAUCGAAAUCAACAGCAAAACUAGAAGUCCUUUGCUUAGAGAAUUAUGCGGGUCCCUGAAAAGGUAGAGAAAACCUUCACAGCACUCGGGAGAUGUGCCAAAGAGGCUGGACGAGAUGCUUGGUCUGAUGUGUCUACAAGGUGGCGGCUAAUUCCCCUCAUUUUCUGGUUCGGUUUCUUGUUCACUACCCUUUUCAUAUUACUUGAAAUGUCUCUUUCCUCGCAUUUCGAGAUACCUCGUGCUUGUCGCCCUGAUGGUACGUUCAGCCCUUUCGUGGGCUAUAAUUACUGGGAUGCCUCUGGUUUCUUCCAAAUCAACAUUCCAUUUGGGAGUUAUUCAUUCACAGCUGUCAAGAUCAUCGACACUGUAUGGGAUGUUGUUAUUGGGCGCCUCGGACAGUCCAUUUUAGCAUACUUUGCCUACAGCACGUUUGCAGACUACGCAACACUUUCAAUGGAGACAGCGCCGAUAACAUAUACUACGUUCAUCAUACUGUUUAUCGAAAGUGGACCGACUUUCAUGUCAGUAUAUCGUUUAAUAAGAGAUUUUAUGCUAUAUCGUAGACUCAGGUCUACAAUAUUGACGAUCUGGGCGAUAUUCAGUAUGCUUUUUAUCUUGACAUGGCCAACUCUCAUUGCCGCGAUGAGCGGAUAUUCCCCUGAAGUCGGAGCAUACGUUAAAGAUAUCGACACCGAAAACCUAGUGAAAUAUAACGAGUUCCGGUUACUGGCAUACAUCAUUCACGACGGGGAGAGGAUCAACCUGACGACGGACUACCAGCUUCCAGCCGGCCCACCAUUCCUUGAUUCUUGGGAUAUAUUACUAAAUGAUAUCCAUGAAACUUCGUUACACCCAACAGACUUAUUUGACACUAGCGACUGUGUAACCGUCACUGAGGGAGACGAUUUGACCCUUUGUUUUCUGCUUCGGGACGUCUCCAAGUGUUAGAACUGUCCUAAUUGAACAUAUCUGAUUGAGACUAAUGGUUUCG